UUCUAUUUAUCAACCUUUCGAUGUAAACACAAAACACUAUACAUGUACAUUGCAUUUGAUUCAACACGUGAUUGCGAAUUCAGCUUGUUCUCUAUCAGAGACGCAGAUACGGACAUGUAAUGAUUAUGCAGAAUAUACACAAGUGAACAAGGUGUUUAGUCCAUAGUGCGGCGAUGUAUCUGACGGUCGCGAUUCUUGCUUUAUUGGCAAGCAGUGUGCAUGCGCGAAUGCCGAAUAUCCUCAUCCUGCUAGCAGACGACAUGGGCUACAGCGACCUCGGUUGUUAUGGCAACACCAGUGUGCGCACGCCUAACAUUGACAGCAUAGCGCGGGACGGGGUCAAGAUGACCCAGCAUCUGACGGCCGCUAGCGUGUGCACGCCCAGUCGCUCCGCUCUGCUGACCGGAAGAUACCCAGUGCGGACAGGCAUGGCCCCUAAAGGGAUUAUGCGCGUGAACCUGUGGCCGUAUUCCACUUCCGGUUUGCCCGAGUCCGAGGUGACGAUCGCAGAGAUAACGAGGCAGGCCGGAUAUAGGAACGCACUGAUCGGCAAGUGGCAUCUUGGUCUCCAUAGAGACCGCCUGGGCGACCACGCCCACCACCCGCUCAACCAGGGGUUCGACCACUUCUACGGACUCAUAGGUACCAACUUGGUCGACUAUGGACACGAGUUCAAGGUCGUCACACAUGCUCGUCCAUACUGGUACGGUGAGCUUUUCUCCAUCUGGGCCGUCACCGUCACCGCUCUAGUGUGUCUGCUGAAGUUUCGUUACGUUGGUCCGGUGACGUUUCUACUAGCGUUCAUGUUCUGGACGCUGCCCGUGUACGCCAUCUAUUUCCUUUUCGACAACAUGGAGCUCUUCACGAGCUUCUUAUUUCGAAACCACCUGCUUGUUGAACAGCCAAUCAGAUUGGCGGGUUUGAGUCAGCGUCUUGUGAACGAGGGACUCGAGUUUAUGCGGAACGCUACCGACAACGACCUGCCAUUCCUUCUGGUGAUGUCCUGGGUUCAUAUGCACGUGGCAAUAAAGACAAGCAUAGAAUUUCAUGGUAAGAGCUGUCUCGGUCGCUAUGGUGACGGCUUGCAGGAGCUGGACUGGUCGGUGGGGGAGAUGCUUCGGGGACUCCGGGAUGCCGGUGUCGAGGAAAACACUCUCGUCUACUUCACUUCCGAUAACGGGGGCAACCUCGAGAUCGGCGCAGACGGAGGAUACAAUGGGCGCUUAAAGGGCGGCAAAGGUCACGGUGCCCCUGACGGUGGCAUCCGGGUGCCGGGAUUGAUGAAGUGGCCUGGAGUUCUGCGUACCGGGGCCGUAACCGACGAGCCGACCAGCCAGAUGGACAUCAUUCCGAUAAUAGCCGACGCCGUCGGAGUGCCGCUUCCUGUUGACAGGAAGUACGAUGGGAGAGGAAUCUUGCCACUGUUGAAAGAGAAAGUUGCUAUAUCGCCACACGAGUUCUUGUUUCAUUACUGCGGAGAUAAACUGCACGCUGUAAGAUACAGGCCUCGAACUGGUCACACCACGUGGAAGUAUGUCACGCACACCCCGUCUCUACUUCCGGGAAGGACCACGUGCAGAUUUAUGUGCAGCUGCAACAACGCGGUCCCAUUAGCCACUCCAGAUGUUUACGAUAUGACAUCAGAUCCUGGCGAAACAACGCCAAUCGAACCAGAAUCAAAAAUGUAUCGGGAGAUAUCGGCCGCUGUAGAGAGCGCGAUCCGAGAGCACGUGACCUCUCUUGACCCCGUGGAGAGCCAGUUCCGGUGGGACCGCCUGGUUCCUCGCGUCACGUGGCAGCCGUGCUGUAACGGAAUAUUUCCAUUCAACUGUGACUGUGUGGAUAAGAAAUUUGAAAACGCGAAGUCAUAAAGUCGGCAUAUUUAAAUAAAUAUGUGUAUUUGCUGUACUAUGAUAAAUUGUUUCAUUAUGAUAUUAUAACAUACCGUUUCGUUGAUUGCUACAAAAUAAAUAGAAGUGUAGUUGAUGAUGUCCUUCCGUGCUUGAGGAUGUGUUGUAAGAGGACACGGAGUGCGUGCCAAUACUCUUAGCUAAUUGAGUAGAACAGACGAAAGUCAUGAACACAUUUUGACCAGUUCAUCAGAUACAUUCGCACACGAAUGGGGUUGAAUGACGGACACGCAAUGCGAUCACUGUUAUGACUUCAAACUCCUUUCAUGGGCUUGAAUGUCACCUCCCGGUGUAUGACUUUGCCGUGUUGUUAUAUGGUUACGAUCUCCUAACUUUACUAUAAGGCUUAAUAGAUAGUCGUCUUGUUCAGUGGCAGUACUACAGGACGCCUCAUUGUGCAGAUCCUGUUUGAGCAAGUUAUGUAUAGAUUAAGACGAUAUUUUAUUAUUUCGGUUGAUUAUCGAUUGGCAUUCACGAGUUAUCAUCAGGCACGAGUGAAAAUAGUUCUGUUCUACGAUUAGAACUGGAUUAAAAUCAAUAACAUAUCGAACUGUGCUGACUAUUAAAGUGAAUUUGGCAGGGUUGGGGACAAUACUGAUUUAAAAAUCAUUAAAUAUGCAGCCCCGCAGUCGGUAGAGCACGAGACUCUUAAUCUCGGGGCCGUGGGUUCGAGUCGUACGCUGGGCGCUUACGUGUAUUACCUUAUAUAUAAAUGUUCAAUAUGACACUAUAGAAAUUAAAUGUUCGUUCUGUUUCUAUAUAUUUUAUAAAUAAUGUUCAUUGUGCGAAUUAAUUUUUACGAUUAAAUAAACACUUAUUUCCAAAGAAA